AUGGCAGCUGGGAUGGGAGGCAUCACGGAAGCCCUUGCCCUGCCCAUCACGGACCUCACUGAGAGGAACCCUGGAUCAUUUCAAAUAUCCUGGAUCGCCUGUUUGGUCCAAAUAUUUUCUAUUAAUACAUAUGGAGGAUGUGAAAUGAUGAAUUUAAUGAUGAUGGCUUAUGAUCGGUUCAUUUCCAUAUGCUUCCCUUUAACCUACGAGAAAUUAAUGUCCCCUUCAAAUGUCAUCAUAUGCAUCAUUUUCAUUUGGCUCAUUCCAUUUGGUCGGGUUACCAUUACCCUCUCAAUCACGGCAAGUCGAAGAUUUUGUGGGAACAUAAUUGAAAAAGUUUAUUGUGACAACUACUCUGUAGUAAAACUGGCAUGUUCAGACACUACAAGCAACAACAUAUACAGUACAACUAUGACAUUUAUUUAUGUCCUCCUGCCAUUUUUUAUUAUAAUUUAUUCAUACGUAAGAAUAAUUCUAAUUUGUCUUCAGUUCACAAGAAAAGGGCAAACUAAAGUAAUGAAUACCUGCACACCACACCUGAUAUCAAUAUGCAGCUUUUUUAUUGGAUGUGCAUUUGAACUCUAUCAAAGUAGGUUUGACAUGAGUCAUGUUACAUACACACUUCGAGUCAAACUGGGGUACGCGUAA